GCUGCGCCAACCUCCCGCGCUCGCACCUCCCUCUGCACCCUCGUCGUAGCCGGCCAUGGAGCGUGACACGCCGGUCAGGAUCGAGCUGGCAGUGUAUGACCUGCUACCGGAGUCUCGACUUGCCUCGCUCGCCUUUGCAGCAGGCGUGGGCAUAUAUCAUUCGGCCAUACGGAUACCCUCGAUAGGACUCGAGUUUGCCUUUGGGGGCCAUCCUCAACCAGGCACGAGUGGCCUGUUCGCUCUACCGAUCGUGGCCAAUGACCAAGCACCCCUACCAGGGUUGCGCUUUGUCAGAUCGAUACAUAUGGGCGACGUGAUUGCCGAACCGGUGCCAUCAGAGGCGCAGAACAAGCGCUAUAUGCCGUACGACACCUCUUCCGGCAGUCGACAGCACCUCCUCCCAUCGAGGUCGACAAGCCCGAAUGACAAGCCAGACCACUCUACGCGUUCGAGAUCGCUCGAGCGAGUGCUGCGCAUCAUCGACGGCUUCAAGCGAGACCAAGACUGGACAGGCACGAGCUACAACCUCAUCACCGCUAAUUGCAACCACGCAUCAGACGAGCUCGCGUUCAGAUUGACCGGCAGACACGCGCCAGGUUGGAUCAAUCGAGCUGCCUGGCUCGGCUUGCAGUUCCCCUGCCUUGUGCCCCAAGGCUGGGUCGAGCCACCGCCUGCACCAGACGACGUCAUUGACAGUGUCCAGACGGGAGUUCAAGUGACGCGCGAGCCAGAGGCCUUUGUAGCCUUGUCCUAUGCGUCCCUUGCCGCGAAAGGCUAGCACCCUUUUUUGAGUCCUCUCCCGAGUUAUUGUACAACAAUUGUUGUUGCUAACUGCUUGUGCAAUCGGUCAAAACGUC